CGUGGUCGCUUUAUCGAUCGAAAUGGUUCCGUCCGUAACGUCCAUAUCACAUGUACUGAACGGCCUGGAUUCCUGGAAGCAAUUUAUGAAGUGAAAACAAUUGUUUUCUUAUAAAUUUUAUACGGGUACGGUCCGGUACGGAUUUACAAUUACAUAGAAUCAUAGACUUUGUCCGUUAUUUGGAAAAUGUUCUUUCAGACCGCAAAAAUGCCACUCUUUUAUGUUGCACAGACAGACUUAAUUAAAAUCCCAGUUCAGCAAAAAUAAUCUGAGUAUUCUGUAUAAAGUUGUUCCUUCUCUGAAGACAUAAAUGGAGCCUACAAGUUCCAGCUCCAAUUUUUCGCCUUCGAGUUUUCUGCAGCCAGCUCCGGAUGUUCCUAAUGGACGUUCUGACGUGUCGCUCAGAGGAGAGAACGAUCCAUCAAAGCCAGUCCAGUGGAUUCCCUGCCAUCGUGCAAUUCUGGCGGCUAAAAGUGCCUAUUUUCGCUCCAUGUUUGCUUCGCAAAUGAAAGAAUCUCACGAAGAACAAAUCAAGAUCCAAGAUGUUCCUCAUGAAGUAUUAUACCAAAUUGUCCGGUACAUAUGUUCGUCAGAAAUCUCUUUGGAUGCCGAUAAUGUGUUGUCAUUGCUAGAAUUUGCACUGUUCCUUGAUGUAUCGGAGAUCGUUAGCGCAUGUAAGGAAUUUUUAAAGCGAAACAUGAACACCGGAAACUGGUUGACCGUACAGCGCACUGCAGAAUUCCUGUCCUGCCGCGAUCUAGUAAAACUCUGCGAAGAAUUUGUCGUGAAACAUUUUUCAGCUGUUUCACGCUGUGAUGAUUUCUUACAGAUUAGCGAAUCGCAGCUAAUCGAACUUAUUGCUUCCGACGAUUUGUAUGCAAAGAGCGAGGACGAGGUGGCGGAUGCUGUGCUACGUUGGUCAAACAAAUAUCCAGCUCAGCGGAUUCUCAACGUCGGCGAAAUUCUACCGUUGAUUCGAGCCCCGUUUCUAAGUCCUGAGCGAUCCAAAUCAGUUCGUACUUUGUAUAUGGAUCCUGAAAAUACACCAGUGGAACAGUUCCAAAAGGUCACGGACGGAAUAAUUCGGCUAACGCCAUAUGAGCACCGGAAAUCUGGGCGGUGAUUACAGACUAAAGUGCGUUCAUCGCUUUGAUCCGGUUGCAAAGGAAUGGAUUCCUGUGCGACUGCUGCCUCCAUCGCAGAAAAAACAACCCGGCAAUUUACCAGUUAUCGUCACGCCGAGCGGUAGUGUGCUCAUCUACGAAUUGAUAUACGACGAUGUCAUCGCUCGUAGCAGCGUGUGGCGGUAUGAUUCCGAUUCGGACCAAUGGGAGCGCUUGACCCCGCUCCCCGUCGGACGGUGCGAGGGUCCGCUAGUGACCAAUGAAAAAAUGUAUGUCCUUGUCAGCGGCGACCAGUCGCAGUGCUUCAUGUGCUAUAAUGAGCUUUCUAAGGAAUGGGAAGCACAGGCCACUCUUCCUGGGAAGGUGUUACUGUCGUCUGCGAUGACGGUAGGCGAUAACGGAUGUAUUUACAAGUUUGGCGGCCACGACUUUUCUUAUAAAGUUGAUAAAAAAGGCCGUCUUUCGGAUGCCGCAUACUGCUUCAAUCCACGCGAAAAAACGAUCAAAACGUUGCCGAAAAUGCCGUCAAAACGAUACCAAAGCUGCGUCGCUGUUAGUCCCGAUGGACUGAUAUACGUCAUUGGUGGAAUAGGCUCGAAGCAUAAACGCAAGUUUAAAGAAUUUUUUGUCGACUGUUUUGAGGCAUACAAUCCAAGAACCAAUCAAUGGCAGACAAAAUAUGCAAAGCAAUGGGCUAUAUCAUCCGACUUUCUUCGAUUAAUUACCUUUGAUGGGAAACUCCAUUUAUUCAACAAUACAGCGAUGUACUAUGAUGCAACUCAGGACAGCUGGAUUCAUUUCGCAGGCCUUACACCACUACUCGGUAAAUGUUGCGGUUAUGGGUUGGUUCCACAAUAUGUCGUCCGCAAAUGGACACAACAGCCGAGUUCUUGUGUUCACUUGAAGUGUGCUAGCGGUUGCUCAGAAGACCAUUGGUAGUUUUUUAAAAGCUGUUUGUAUAAAGCU